UAUUUGUCAAAAGGGGUGUGUGUGGAUUCCUUCCCACGUGUCCCUGGUCGCCCCGUGAAGACAGUUCAGCAGGGUGGUGCGUUGGUCGUACCCUGCAAGCUUCUACCCUCAUCAUGUCACCAGAGAGGGUACAGUUAUUGAUAAGAACGCUGCUCUUCAUUUUACUUUGUGUCACUCCGUGUAUAAAAGGCAUUCGAUGGUUAGCACUCGCCAAAAUGUCCUCAGUAAUAAGUAUACAGAGUGAAGAAAACUGUGACCAGCUGGUGGGACUUAUAAAAAGGCAGAAGAGGAUUUGUAAGCGUAAUGUGGAGGUUAUGGACAGUGUCAAAUUAGGUGCUCACAUCGCCAUCGAAGAAUGUCAACAUCAGUUCAGGAACAGGCGCUGGAAUUGCAGCACCGUCAAUGCCAUCUCCGUCUUCGGAAACGCCCUCAAUCACGGAACGAGGGAAACAGCAUUUGUCCACGCCAUUGCGUCAGCAGGUGUGGCACAUGCGGUCACGCGAGCCUGUAGCUCAGGAGAGCUCCAGAAAUGCGGCUGUGACAGGACAGUUCAGGGACGGAGUUCGCAGGGAUUUGAGUGGUCAGGGUGCUCAGAUAAUAUUGCAUAUGGAUCUGCUUUUUCAAAGAUUUUCGUGGAUGCACGAGAAAGGGGACGCAAAACAUCACUAAGACAAUUAAUGAAUUUACAUAAUAAUGGUGCAGGGCGAAGGUCAGUCGAAGACCUCAUGAAAGUCGAGUGCAAAUGUCACGGAGUGUCUGGUUCAUGCGAAAUGAAGACAUGCUGGAAAGCCAUGCCUUCUUUCCGGGAAAUUGGUCGAAGACUGAAAGAAAAGUUUGACGGUGCAACGGAAGUUACUCUGAGUCCCAAAAGAAUAGGGAGUGCCAAACGAUUGGUUCCGCGAAACGCGAAUUUCAAACCUCAUACGCCUGAGGAUUUGGUUUACUUGGUUCCUUCCCCUGACUACUGCGACACUAACCCCAAGAUAGGCUCACUAGGGACAACGGGAAGGAUAUGUAACGGGACCUCCAAGGCUAUCGAUGGCUGCGAUUUGAUGUGCUGUGGACGAGGUCACAAAACAAGAAAAAUUGAAAUUGUUGAACGCUGUUUGUGCAAAUUUCACUGGUGCUGUUAUGUGAAGUGUAAGGAGUGCAAACGUAUAGUGGACGAAAACACGUGCUUGUGAGACACAAUGGCCUACCUCAUGCCAUUUACAGCGCUCAUUGAAAUAACGUGACUUAAAAUCGUCACCUUUUUUUUCUCUUCCAGGAACAACAUAGUUUGCUUAACUCAUGUAAGAGAUCCAAUGAAGCAACAGAACAGUUCCUAAAAUCAUAUAAGAAACGUCGACCAUAUAACAAGACGUCACAGUUUUAACAGAAGUCAUUGUUCCACAUAUGGUCGACCGCAUAGUGCUUGGGGGUGUGACUUACAGUGAUGCUGUGACAGCCUCAGAUGUAACCAACUUUCGCGUUGUGUCGGGAAUAGCUACGUUAUGGGAUCAUGAAUGUUCAUAGAAAACCCUCUUUAAAGGACAUUACCAGGUUAUUAUCAAACAUCAAAACUGUAGAACAUGUGUGAAAAUGUACAUAAGUGUAAAUAUUCUCAAACAUUUUAAUUUAAGAACAUAUAUGCAACUCUUCGCAGUAUCUUCAGUAUUUGCGCAGAACAGCCCUCGCUGCUUUUAGGCCACUGGAUACUUUUACGCGACACUGCGGGGCGAAAGGGAGGUCUUGAGAAGCCUUCAGACGAAUCAUGUGGCAAGGCGUAACAGUUUUACGACACUGGAAGUUUCUGGAGCCCGUCCUUAUUUGAUCAUCACGUUAUAAAAUGCUCGACAGUCAAUGCCAGUGAGUUAAUGUACUGUAGAUUAUCAUGUGUUUUCGAGCGCCUGCCUUUGAAACGGGGUUUACAAGCUGGGAGUGGCGUGCGUCAAAGUUUUAUUCUGACUCCAAGGCUAUUUACAUUAAAGUGAUACACUUUAUGGCUUCCCCUUGAUAUCUGGAGAGGCGGGUAAUGGGGCGCUUCGCCAAUAGAUGCACACAGCUUCUGUGUUUAUACGUUUUCAAGACUGUCUAUUAAAAACGGGGCUUGAUGUGCCUGAGAAGAGGACGUAAAAGAGGGGCAGACCAGUCCGCAGAGCACCCAGUGUCAGUGAUAUAUUUCCCUCGGCAGAUGGGAACGUCAUUAGGUCGCCUCCUCAAUUUGUGUGUUCUCACGUCUGGAUGGGAGCUAGAGUAGAGGGGAAAUUAGUUAGCUUGUUGUAUUCAGGCUGAUAUUUGGUAAUCUGGUUCAAACAGAAGCACGUGCGUGCAGCGCAGUCAAGUGCAAGGUGAGGACUAAGUGCAGAUAUCACGGCUGAUCACGAAAAAUCUGAAGAUCUCUAAACUGAAGGCAGGUAUUUCAGUGAUAGUGUCUUUAUGCCAGAUGAUGUGGAGAAGUGUUGUCAAUGAGAGCAUAUAUGGCGUGGUUAUCAUAACUAUAAGAUAUUGCAUUUGACUGCAAACACAGGUGUUGCGUAUUUGUGCAUAAUGAAUUGUGUUGAAUUCAAUGAAGGGAGCCAUUAGGUGUGAAAACCAGGUAAAAAGUACCAUCCAAGCUAAAACAAAUAUGCAUAAACUUUGCCACACUCCACAUGAGUUCUUCGCUUAACUUCAAUUUAAAAAAAGCACAACAUUUAGACAUGUUUGUGAAGGGUUAUGAUUAUCUUCUUACACGGAACUACGUUUUCUUUUUUUGUCCAAAUCGAAACUGAUUGAGGGAAGUAUUAUGAAUAACAACAAUUAACGGAAGCAGUUUCGUCAGACAAAAGUAAAGCGGGAAAACACUUCCUAAAACAUACGAAUGGACUUAAUUUUCACACUCUCCGAUAGAUGAUGUGGACGUGAGGCUUUCAGGCAGGACCUGUUGAGUGCACGUUUAUUUCUAAUUGCUUUGAUGAGUUGUUACGAAUCGCAAAUGUGUGGAGUUAACAAACUUUGACCACAGUGGCAAAGAAGUAUUUCUGUAGGACAAUCAACAGCUGUUCUCCUUUAGAGAAAACCUCUUUAACUUCCCUAUCUGGUUACAGUGCAUGACUUGGAAGCUGGUUGUAACCGAGACUGGAAUAGAAUGAUGUUCGCUUCCUAAAACCUUAAAAACACGUUGAUACAUGUACUUUGCAAGAAAUACGGGUUGAUUUUGGAAAAAUGUCUGUUGAUAAAUAUAUCUGUAGUUUUUGUUACAAUUGUACAAAUUGGUUCUAUAAUUGUCAUUCAGUCAGAAUAAUAUGUGUUAUUUUGUUGACUUAGGAUGUAUAUGAUGCUAAAUGGAAUAAGGACAUGAUAAUGAUGAUGGUCAAAAACUGCUUUGUUUAUAUAAAAGAGAUAUACGUUUUGAUCCAUUUUUACCUUUUAACUUUAAGAUGCAGUUUGUAGCAGAAUUAAUAAUGUUAUAUAUCAUUUUAUAUGUUUAAGAAACUAGUUUUCAAUCAAAUCUAAAAUUUUUGGAUUAAAAAAUAUGAAAAAAAAUCUGUGCUCAAAAUCAGUAAAUAAUCGUGCAAACAAUAUUAAAUAAUUCAUUUGCAUGGUAAUACCUGAUUAUAAGAAUGAAAUAGGCUAGUUGCAUGUAGCCAAUAGGCCUACCAGACACGUUUGGCUACAGACUUGAACUUUAAUGAAGAUACCAAGACCUAAAAAAUUCAAACACAUCGUAGUAUUCCAUUAAAUACCUCCAAGCACUCACUCACUCACUCACUCCAUUAAAUCCAAAAAGUUCCUACAAACAUUGACUUGGUUGAACAGAAAUGUAACCACACAAGCUAUGUAAACUUUGAGUCUGGGUUUUAUACAUUAUGAUAUGUAUGAGAAGCAUAUGGCGUUCAUCAAAAGUGGUGUGAACCUUGUAACCGUGUGUUGUUUGUGGUUAAGUUCACGAUUGAAUCUUGUAACAGUGCGUUCUUUGUGGUUAAGUUCACGUAUGAAUCUUGUAACAGUGCGUUCUUUGUGGUUAAGUUCACAUAUGAACCUUGUAACUAUGUGUUCUUUGAGGUUAAGUUCGCGUGUGAACUUUGUAGCCAUGAGUUCUUUGUGAUUUACUCCACAUAUGAACCUUCUAAUCAUGCGUUUCCUUGUGGUUAAGUUCACGUAUGAACCUUGUAACUAUGCCUUCUUUGUGGUUAGGUUCAAGCGUGAACCAUGUAACUAUACGUUUUAUGUGGUUAGGUUCACGCAUGAACCUUGUGACCAUGCGUUCUUUGUGGAGAAGUAUGAACUACAGCCAGGUGUAUUUUGGGUGAUCUUUGCUGUACGGAAAUCAUUAGCUUUUUGCCAAGUCAAUUACGCAACUUGUUACAAUAAAAAAAGACAAGGUAUGUUAUGUUAUCUGUAUAUGUCUAUAUAAGAAGAUUUUUAUACAUUGUGUAAUAUAAACAAUAAA